UAUUUAUAUAUUUUUGUCAUAUUUAAAAUAUGACAAAUUAAGAAAUUUAAACCUCUUGACUAAUCCAGUUUAUUAUUUGGUUUUUAAGAGACUAAUCAACAAUUAAAAUAACUUUCUCCAUUAAAACUAAUAAACAUGAGGUCAAAUAGAAGGAACAGUUUUAAAUCCUGCAGUCCCACGACGACAAGAAUAAAGUUUGUCAACAAAAACUAAAUCUGCUGCUGGAUUCCAUUAAAGUCCUAAUAAAUGAUCAUAAAGUGUGAUACUAAAGGUUUGUGGUGCUAAAAAUCUGAAAGUAAAGAUAUCAAGUUGAACAUCUGGAUGGAGGCUGAUAAAAGUUGACCUCCCUUCAUUUCUCUGGAGCGACUCCAUGGAUUUUAGGGAUGCUGCUUAAAGACCUGCUCUUCUAGUCGUCUUCCUUCUAGUCGCUGUAAAAAGUCACUCCAUCCUCGCCGACUUCAACACCUCUUCAUGACAACUUGUUCUGCCUCUGACCUGGUGGAAACAACAGAAACUCGGGGAAACUCGUCGAGACUUGGAUUUUCGAAAAACUGGUCGGGCGGGUUAAGGUGUGGUGGGCGGUGGUGGUGGGGGGGUGUCAACAUCCUCAAACCCCAAGAUCAGACUGAAGUUGAAGAUGGCUUUAAGCAGUACGAUGUCAUCACUGCUCUGGACAUGGACGCCAUGAUGAGGAAGAUCUACGCGUGGCUGGAGAACCCGGUGAAGUUUGAGAAGUCUCAUGGCGUUAAUAACACCCUGGACACAGAGAUGGUCCUGAAGGAGGAGGAGGAGACUCACAUCCUCACUGUGGUGGACUUCCUGCUUCACACCUACAGGCCUUUGAUGGACGCUAAACCAACGUUACUUUAUUUCCAUCCGACAUGAAGAAUGCAGAAAGAGGAGGAGCUCUAGGAAGUCCACGGUACCAGACCCCCCCCCCAGCCUGUUCGAUGUCCACGUCUGGACCAUGGACCUGCAACACCAGAACAUCUGCUCACUGUGGAAGAUUACUGAGAGCAGCUUUUAGUGAUUUCUGUGCAGAACACUGUGAUGUUUGCUGAGCUGUGAACUAUUAAAUGACUGAAGAAUAUGGAGUAUUGUUCCUGUUUAUUAUUGUUCUCAGGUUUAUUAUUAAAUGCACAGAGUGCUACUUACUGAAUUUUAUUGUAUUUAAAAUGGACAUUCCUGCACAGGGAGGAAGGCGGCAGAAAAACGACCUGUGAAGAAAAAGAAUCCCAGUUUCAGCCCUGAUCUUUUUACCAGGUUUUCUAUGUGAGAUUUGAAAGAAAGCCGAUCAUCAAUUAGAACAAGAAGAUGCCUGUAACAGGUUAUCUCACAGCCUUGUAAUGAUGAAAUGCUGGGACAGGGCUCAGGGGAUCACUUUAGCUUUGGCAGCAUUUAAAACAACUUUUAUCUGAAUGAGGUGACGUUGCACAAAGGUGGACCACAGCAGAACAUGAGCGUAUCGGCGCAUAGACGUAAACUGUGUCUCCUCUCUGGUCCAGAUGUCUCUAAAAGUCGCGGUGUUCAUGCUCGCACUGCUGUGUGUUUGCUGUGUGCACCGAUGUGUGUGUUUCCCCAACGGCUCGGUGGCGUUCUCCUGUGGAAACAUGAUGCCGGUACACCCGCCCUUCACCCCCUCUACCAGCAGCCCACCCUUCACAGUGUCCACCUCUGCUGCCACCUACAGGCCAGGUGAUGUCAUUACAGUGACGCUGGCGGUGGUGGACAACAGCUCCUCACAGUUCCAGGGUUUCCUGCUGCAGGCCAGGAGCAGAGCACAGCAGGCUCUUCUUUGGCCUGUAGGAAAGUUCACCAACAUCAACGCCUCCCAGGUCACUGCUCUGCACUGCAAAAACAUCCAGAACUCCACCGUGAGUCAGGCAUCAGGAGACAAGAAGAAUGAAGUCCGGCUGAGCUGGGAGGCUCCUAGCAGCAGGAACUAUGGAGACGUCUACUUCAGCGCCACCCUGGUCCAGGACUACAGCAGCUUCUGGGUGGGUCUGAACAGCAGCUCUGUGAAGCUGGACGUCAGCGGGAGCUCAGCGGCUGCAGUUUCCUCCUCCUCGGCUCUGCUCUUCAUCAACCUGCUGAGUCUGACUGUCUACUACUGACGCACAAAAACACACACAAGCCCACCAGCAGAGAGCUCCUUUUAACUGUACUGUGGGGCUUUCAUUAGGAACCAUUAGCUGAGGUGGUGUCUUCACUAACGGAUGUUUUCACUGUAAAUUAUCAGCUCAGAGCCUCUCUGCUAACAGAGGGGAUUUUAUCUGAACAGUCAGUUGGAAAGUUUCUAAUAAAACAUUAAUAGGGGAGCAAAGCUGGACGUUCAGCAGUCAUUCUUUUCUUUCUUUACAACCAAACCGGUGUGACGUCACUUAAACGUCAGUUAAUUCAGAAAUGAGCUCACCUUUACUGCAAACAUUUCCUCUUAUGAACUAUCAAAAACAAAUACAGGUCCGAAGGAAAACACCUGAAAUGUCUGAGUUCAGCUAAGAUGGGCCCAUGUUUGGUAUAAACUGAACAGCGCCAUCAUGGUUUAAAGCUUCGUCCUGACAGGGAAGCACACAGAUUGGAGAGUCACAAGUUAUCAGCUGGAAUCUGGCUCUUUAUGCCACGAUGUGACAGACAUCACAUCGAC